AGAAGAGCUGUUACCUAUCAGUCAGAUGACAACGCCAAACACUCAACACUGAACUGACAAGAAACAGAGCUGCUUCGGUUAUCCUGGCACGUACUGUACAUUAUCCUGAAGGAUGAAGCUGCGACUGCAUUUUGUGGUGGACCCCAUGGGCUGGUUCUGCAUUAGCACAGUGCUGUUCAUCUGGCUCUAUAAUACCCUCCUCAUUCCCAAGCUGGUGCUGUUGCCACAUUAUGCCGAGGAACAUAUACCUUCUGCGCUAGUGGUCUGUUACUAUCUAGCAUCACUGCUGUGUGUCUCAGCAUUACUCAGGGCUUCCACCGCUGACCCCGGAAAACUUGCUCAGGAAUCCAAGAUUCCACUUGCUGAGAGAGACAGUUUGGAACUGUGCAAUAAAUGUAACAUGAUGAGGCCAAAGAGGUCACACCACUGCAGCCGCUGCGGCCACUGUGUCCGUCGCAUGGACCACCACUGUCCUUGGAUUAAUAACUGUGUUGGGGAGGAUAACCACUGGCUCUUUCUGCAGCUGUGUUUUUACACUCAGGUUCUGAGUCUUUACACUCUGGUGCUGGACUUCUGCCAGUACUACUACUUCCAGCCUCUGUCCUCUGUGGACCUGGAGGAGUUUGCAGUACGUCAUGAGUUAGCUCUGCUCCGUGUGUCUUGUAUCAUGGGGCUGAUCAUGUUUGGUGGAAUGGGCGGCCUUUUCUACACACAGCUCAAAGGAAUCCUAACAGACACAACUACUAUAGAGAAGAUGUCCCACUCAUUGGAAGACAUUGGCCGUCGGCGGCCGUGGCAGCAAGCUAUGGCUGAGGUGUUUGGCACUCGCUGGAAGAUCCUAUGGUUCCUGCCCUUCAGGAGCAGACAGCCUUUGAAGCUCAACCUGACCUCCCGCUCUCAUGUGUAGAAAGGCAGACAGAGAUGCAUACAGCACUCCAGUGGGGAAUGUGGGCCACCCUCCGCCCUCUCUCUUCCCCCUCAUCCCCACAAUGACUUGGUAUCUCUAAAUGAUCAAACUCAUUCAGGUUCUGAAUGACAACCGACAAUGAUCUGACUCAUAUCUAUUCAUAUAGAUGCAAAAAACUUAAUACCGUUUUUGUUGAACAAUGUCAUGUCAAAAAAGUUAUGAUGACAAACUUCCAGAAAUCUUUUUUCUUUUUCUUUUCUUUUUCUUCUUUUUUUUUACUUAUUUCACAUUUUAGGUCAGGCUGCAUGUUUACCAAUGAAAGGAGAAUAAUUGAUUUUGUGGCUUUAUUGUCUCCAGGGUAACCCUUAUUUGUUGACAUCUUGGCCCAGCCCGCUUCCCCCAGGUAUGGGUCACGUGAGCAGUUGUCAUGCAACUAGGGAAGCGGAGUGGGAGGAGAUUGUUGUCUGGUUUUAUGCACUGAGGGUUGAUGGCUCUAGAGGUGAGUCGUGACCUCUGGCAUGAGGGAAAGACACUGCAGGAGUCCAAAAACUGGUCACUCACAAUUGCAUACAUGCACACACACACACACACACACACACAUGCACACAAUUACAAAUAGAAACGUGGUUUACAAUGACUUGAAAACAUAAAUGCUGUCUUGUGCUUAAUUACACAUACCUCACCAAACACUGCUAAUGCCUCUUCUGAAAUGUUGUCCAUUACAACUGCGUUUGAUUACGCUUUUGUUUCAUGAUUCUUGUUUUCGUGCCUUUUUAAAUCCACAAGUUUUUAACUUAUUUGUGUCUUAUUUUUAACACUCAUUUAUUUUUAUAUGACAAUAUUCAAGUCACAUUGUAAACUUGAUUAUUUUUAUGAUUUUGGAGAAGUUAAGCCAAUGUUAGUAAUAAUAAUCAUUUAUGAAAUAAUAAGUUUCAUGUGGGAAAAUGGUAUUGUGAAAAUGUACAACAUUUUAGAAUCUUAAGUCACUAAAUUGCUUUACUAUAUGUAAAUACCGUAUUCACCUAAAAGGCAAGGAUGAAACAAUUUGAAUGAUUUUUGCCCAGAUUUUACUAUUACACUAGGCUAUUACACAACACUAUAAGAACCCAUAAACAAAUGGGAUUUGUCAUUUAAAUGGAUUUUUAAUGACUUUUGUAAAUCAAGGACCAAAUUACCAAUAAUCUAAAGUGCCUCUAAACAUGCAACAUGCACCACUUUCAACAUGUACCGAUGCUACUUUAGUGGUUUUAGAUCAGAUAUACUUUACAAUGGCCUGAAUACACAAUAAUGAAUCCACAUUCCUCAAGCAAACUUUGAGUUCAAAUUGGUAUUAUACAUAUUAAUAUCAACAAUUCAUUUUGAAUUACACCUGCAGCAAAUGGUUCAAUGUGCAACACUGGUGUUUUCUUGCUGGGCCAUUGAGUAAAGCUGGUAACCCUUUCUAGCCUGAAUGUCAACAUUUAAAUUCUGAGAGGUAAAGGCCCUUCUAUUAAAGCUGAUUAGUUUGAAUUGACUAACGUUAGGGGCUCUGGCCUUUAGCCUCCUUGUUAGCACAUCUCCCUCCCAUUCCGGCUGAUGCCGGUUCGAAUCCCGCUCGGAGCGGGUCAAGCAGGACCGGUUACAGUGGUGCCGUGACCUGGAUGGGAGUGAGGUUUAGGGGGGUUAGUGUAACAGGAGCCAACUGGGAUAUGAUAGCUGUGCGGGAUGUGUAAACCUCACUCCCCUGGCCUCAAGAGGUGCACUAGCAACUAGCCUUUAGCCUCUUCGUUAGCGCAUCUGCCUCCCAUGCCGGCUGACACCGAGCAGGACUGGUUACACAUACUCCAAUUGAAUAAUCAUGUAAAAUGGCUGCUUGGUUUUUCAUUACAGCAAUUAAAAGCUUACAACAUUAGCUCAAUACUUGACAUAUUGUACCUACCUGAAUAUGUAUUGUGAAUAUCAGACAUUCACCAAUCCAUUUUUUAUCAUAAUAGUCUUUUAUUGACAUUUUUCUGUUUCAUGUUCUUUUCAGUUUACAUUUUGUAUCUUGUGAUUUUAUGUAAGGGGUUGUAUAAUGGGCUGUGAAAGUACUACUGGGUUUGGUUAUGUGAGUUUAUUUCACUAAUUUAUGUUACACAUUAUAUUUUAAAUACAAGAUGUUUUCAUGAACUUUUUCUUAGUUGCCAUACCAGUGAAAUGAAGUUGUGCAAUCCUUUUCGUCAUUGCCCAACAAUUUAAUGUUGGGGAAAAGAUGCAGUACAGAUGCUAUAUGAUUGAUUCCUUUACUUGAUUAAAUAUUUUGUAAUAUGUUUAAUAUUACGGCACAAAUGUAAUAUCCUUAUAUUAACAUUUUAUAAAUUAUUAAGAGAGCUUAAGAUGUGCAAUGAUGUACUCGUAGCUUUUUGUUUAUUUAGGGCGUGUUCAUGUAUCUGUGUCCCCCUUGUGAAGCAAUAAUAAGGCCUGUUAGAAUUUCUCCAUUCAUAUAGCAAAUACUAUUGUACGUGCAGGCUGCUUACUGAACACUGAAUCUUUUCCUUGUGAAUAUUGAAACUACUAAUCGCCGCAACCCUAUUCAGGUUUAUGAUUGAAAUUAUGGUGUUUCUGUAUAUUUUGUUCACAUGUGGUGUCAGUUAAAAUGUUUAUUUUUUAAUCUUGGGAUCCUUGCGUAUAUCAGAUAUAAAUUGUUAUUUAUGAAGGUGUUUUUUUUUUUAAAUAAAUAUUUUUUUGCUUGAUCUUUGCUCAUUUUUACAACGUUCAUAAUAAAAAUAAUGUUUGCUUCUUUUCACAUGUACUAUUGAAACUGCAUAUUGGAGAGUAAUUUACUGUACAUUAUUAGUUUGGCUUAUAAACUUGUGUUUGUAAAUGUUGUUGAGCUCAUUUCACAACAGGAAUAUUGAGCAACAACCUCAACGUCCAAUCACAGAGGGGCAAAGGUCUUCCUUUCACUUGUUUCUCUCUAAUAAAGAG